ACUGCCAAUCGCCUUUGACUUUAACAUCUGAUAUCUGAUCGCUCUAAGACACACUGAUCACAACAACUGCAGAGACUUUCUGCUUCAGCACAUUCCCCCACAAGAACAAACCUACUUCCCACAGUGAUGGAUCCAAAGCCUGAGGAACGGGGGAGGAUCCUGGAGGAUCUCCAAAACGACGUGACGCUUCAAAUGAUCCCGGCAAUGACGUACCUUGUGCUACUAGGCGUCAUAGGAUUAAUCGGGAAUUCCCUUGUUCUAUUUGUGUACUCCAGGAAGUUCCGGAGAAAUCCGACUCGAAUAUUUAUACUGGCGAUUGCUAGUUUCGAUAUAGUCACGAAUACUGUCGUCAUUCCAGGGGAGAUUUAUGACAUGUUCCACAUUUACGAUUUCAACUUUCCUUACCUGUGUAAAGUUCGUCUGUUUUUCAACGCAUUCACAACAAUGGCUGCAGCUAUGGUGCUAGUAGCUGUAGCAGUAGCCAGGUAA